AUUUAGGAGAGAUGGCAUUGGUAGUUUCUGUGUGGGUGUGUGUGAGAGAGAAGGAGCAUCUAACGUCCUCUUCUCAUGCUCUUGCUUAUAUAGCUUCUUUCUCAUAUACUGAUUUCCUCUCUGAUCCAAGGCCAAGCCUCAUAAGAAACAUCUCAGAGAAAACAUCUAAUAACUGAUCUUCUUUCUCGUCUUUUCAAUCUUUAGUGGUGAUUGAUAUUCGAUGAAUACCAGGGAAGAUAGAAGUCAAGAAAACCCAGGUCAUCAAAAAGGGUGGCUGAAUCUUAGCCUAGGACAAAAUCUAGGAGAAAAUUCACAAUCAAGACCCAUGAAGGUAUAUACAUGCAACUUCUGCAAGAGGAAGUUCUACAGUUCACAAGCAUUAGGAGGCCAUCAAAAUGCCCACAAGAGGGAGAGGGAUGCAGCUAGAAGAUAUCAAUCACCAAAGUUCACGGUUAACCGAUCACUUGGCGUUCAUGCCCACUCACUUGUUCACGCACCAAGCAGAGAUGGAGAAACAACAGUAGCAAGGUUUACUGACGAUGGUGCCAGGUGUGGAGUCACUUGGUUGAAGCCCUAUGAUGGGGAGGAGACAGCAGAAUCGAAAUGGCCUGGAGGUUUUUAUUUGGAUGCGCAACCAGCUUCUCAGCCGUCAGAUCCGCAUAUGCUUGACUUGAAUCUAAAGCUGUAAUUUGGUAGCAUUUACUUGCUCCUAAAUGUUGAAUUCUCGCAUCAUGCUACUGUUACAGCAUCUUAUGAGAAUGAUCAGUUUCUCAAUGGACUCUGAUUUCAUCAACUUCACGAGGUAGCCACAAAUCUUAAGAGACCUUCCUAUGCAACUCAAUAAUGCCUCCAGUCUGUCCUCUCUCUCUCUCUCUCUCUAGUUCCUAGCUUCCUUGAAAUAACACUCUUAGCAAUGGAAGUGCCAAGUCUCUAAAAGGGUUUUCAGUUCACCAAUGUCUUCUUAGCUACUACUUCGGUUUCCAAAGUGAAGGGGACGAAUGGACCACGUCACCUGAUAGUCUACUUGUGAGAAUAUUGAUGUUGAAGGAGCCUAGAUUUGUAAUUUAUAUGCAGCAGCUAUGUUGGUAACCCAACUUUUGUAAAGACAAGUACUAUUUUUCAAGGACUAUUUUAUUUAACUGAACACAAGAUGAUAGUAU